UGUUCAGUUCCAGGUUGAAUACGCUAAGUGUUUCCGGGUGGUUGUUGGGUCAGAAGCGGUGGAUCAUGGCUGCUGACGGGGUGCAGGAGAAGGUGUUAAAGCUGCAGUCUCGUCUGUCAGCGACCCAGGAACCCAAGAAGCUCCUGAAGACCUUAAAGCGGUUAAAUGAACUUCCUGUCACUGUGGAUAUUCUUGCAGAUACGGGAAUAGGGAAAACAGUGAAUGGAUUCAGGAAGCAUGAUGUGAUUGGAGAAAGUGCUAAGAACCUAGUCUCAAAGUGGAAGAAACUUGUACCGCAGGAAGUAGAACGGUCCACCAAUACAUUAGAGGAGAGGGAAUUCACUUAUAAUAAAGGGGUUUCAAAAAAAAGACACAGGGAACUUUCUCCAGAAGAUUAUAGACAAACAUUCCAGACCCCUCAUGGAGAGUCCUAUGAAUCAAACUAUGAACAUGUUCCUGUGAAAGGGCAACACUCACUUGAGAGUGAGAGAUCUUACACAUAUAGUAGCCAUGGCUAUCAGUCAAAAUCCCAUUCUAAAGAGCAUGUGGACAGAUGGACUAAAUCUCCUCCUGUGGAGGAUUACGAUGAUAAAACUGGUUCAUCUGAUGAAGAUGCUGAGCAAACUAUGCAGCCCCUUAAAAGCUUCCAUAAAACUCACCAGGACCAUCACGGCUCACGAGCAGAAGUGGGCACAGGUCGUGACAAGGAACACAAAUCUUCACACAAAGAAAAGCAGCAUUCAGUUCUAAAAGGUGAAGAAAAGUAUAAAUUAUCCACUCUCCAAAUGCAAGAUAAAAUUAACAAAUCUUGCUCAAAGGAACAAUAUAAUCACAGGGACCAAGGAGAUUGUACUUCAGUAAGUUCCAGUAAUAAGAAACCUCGAGUACAAACUGAGGAGAAUUUAGAUGACAGAAAAUAUAAGCAUAGAGGCUCAGACAAGCGGAAAUCUGAACAUGACGAGCAGAGAAGUACAUUGGACAAGCCCAAAGAGAAACCCACAUCAAGUAAACCAAAAGAAGAGGUGGAGUCAAAAAAAUCAAAAUCUGCAGAAAAGUUUCAGUCUGUUUCUUUCCAGAAGGACUCUUCUAAUGUUGCAGUCGUUGAUGAAUUCGAAGAACCGACAAUGUCAUUUGAAUCUUACCUUAUCUAUGACCAACCACAGAAAAGAAAGAAAAAGAUAAGUAAACCUGUUGCUGGGAAGGUUAAAGCGACUCCGCCAUUAAAGUCUAGAGGAUCAGAUAAACCUACUUCAAAAUCAGGUUCUAAGGGCUCAAGCUCUUCCUAUGGAGAACAGAAUGCUGAAGAAAAGAAGAAAGCCAAGAAACGUGCUGAAGAUGUGCCUCAUGUUAAACCCAAAAAGAUGAUGAUUGAUGUGGUACCAGUCUUGCCAGAUAUUCCAUUGCCAAAUAUCCAGCCCAACUACAGACCCCUCCCUUCCAUGGAUUUCACACCAUUAUCUCCACCCAAAAGGAAAGCUGUGUCUAUUCUGUCUGAAGAAGAUCUGGGAUUUACUGGUCGCCGUUUUAACUCAAAGAUGCAAGUGUACUCUGGAUCAAAGAUUGUUUAUCUCCCAAAGAUGAUGUCAUUAUUUGAACAGUGCAUUCGAGUUCUUCAAAAUAAUGUGGACUCUAUUCAUGAAGUUGGAGGAGUGCCAUUUGAGAUCUUGGAGCCCGUGCUGGAGCGUUGUACCCCUGAUCAACUGUAUCGUAUAGAGAACUGCAAUCCAACGUUUGUUGAAGAAACCGAUCAUCUAUGGUUGAGACACUGUAAGAGAGACUUUAAGAACCAGGACAGACAAGAGUUUGAGUCAUGGCGUGAAAUGUACCUACGUCUUCAUGAUGAACGAGAGCAGAAGCUGCGUGCUAUAACUCAAAGUAUUAGUUCGGCUCAUGCCAGCAAACCUAAGGGUCGCCAGGCAAAGCUGGCCUUCGUAAACACUGAAGUAAAGCCACCGAGAGAUGUAAGGCGCAGACAGGAGAAGCAUGGGACUGGAAUGUCUGUUCCAGCACCUCCAAGAAUAAAGAUGCAUAGUCAAACAGGAAACAGUGGCAGUGGGGGAGGAAACCAGUCCUUUGAUGGUCCAGGCCCCAGCACUAGCCAUGGCUCCACAGCAAGUGUGACAACUCCCAACAGUGGAGGUGGAAUCUAUGAAUCAAAGAAACAAGUCAAAAAAAUUGCACCAAUGAUGGCAAAAACAAUAAAAUUUUUCAAGAACCGUUUUAGUCGAAGGUAAACUGAAUGGGUGAAAAGUGGAUGGAACAGUUACAUCACCAGCUCCCUGCAAAGUGCUGUAUCAACUGGUCCCAUUCUGAGCCAUUUUGUGCUUGAACACAAGGGUACAAAUUGCAAUACCAAGAACUUAAAAGACAGUAUGUGCGCUUGAGAUGAUGUCUAAGGAUUACAUCUUAUUUUUUAAAAAUAUUUUAUUUUACAUUUUAGAAGCAGAAAUGUAAGCUCUUAUCAUUAGAGCAUUGAGUGUACCUUUAUUUUAGAAUGUUCAUGUGUAAGCAACACUUGGGCCAGCCUUGUUGCACAAAUUCAAUCACUAUUUUUAAAAAAAAAUCCCUUUACAUUUUAAAAUUCUUUGUCUUCAUAAAGUGUAGUUAAUUUUAAUGGCCACAGAUUUCAGGCCCAGUCAACAUCAAUGUUACAGUAUUGGUUUUAAGCGUUCUUUCCCUUUUGUUCUGUUGUAUCAUCUUUGACUGUUGUGCCAAUCUUUUUGUCCUCGUGCUAUUACAAAGGUGCUGGCAUUUUGAAACCAGUUGUUCCAUUGGGUAGAAUGAAAUAGGUCAUAAAUUGCAUAAACACUGUGGAUAAAGGAAUGCAGUCACAGAAACAAUUAGUGCCAUUUUGAGUUUUUUUCUGUGGUAAGAUGAUCUUUUGCUAAUAAAGUCCUAGUACUGUAAGUGAACAUGUGACAUUGACAAGUAUGUUGGUUGUUUUCUUGAGGCUUUGUCAAAAAUGUGAUUAUAGAUUUUUUUUAUCUUGGAUUGGGUAUUUUAUGUUUGUAGAUGUGGAGGGGAGCAUACGAAAUGAUUGAGUUAUUAAUUUGUUGAUAUUUGCUGAGACAAAGCUUCAGGAUUUUGCCAGUCAUUUCAGUGAAUAUUUAUCUUGGCAUUAGGAUGGCUACAUUUUCUUUAAAUCUGUUUGAGAUUAUUUAUUCUGUGAUCAUUUUGGGUAGCCCAUUUCACUAACAACAGGAUUGAUGUGAUUCAUUGAAAGAAGUAAUGUUCAUUCUGAAAUGACACAGCAAUGUUUUAAAACAAGAAGUUUCUUUUAUUUGAGAACUAAAAGUUGAUUCAUAUUCUGCAGGCAGAUACCCAUUCCUGAAAUCUUACCUAUAACACUAAGUUCUGUGAUUUUUUUCUUUUCAUUUGUGGCUUGGGAGUGGGGGGGAGGUGGAAUACCCUAUCUCACUUGCAGGUUGUAUACGUGAAAAGGCAGAUCCUGAUCUGUUCAUUAAAAUUUGCUUGGAUUUGUCUUUCAAUUUAUCCUAUUGACAUAAUAGUUUUGUUAAGCAGUGUGUGUCUUUGUAAAUGCACUGUGGAUUGAUCCAGGUCAAACCCAAUUACAGCCAGAGUUACCCAGCAGAGAUUAUUAAGAACAUGUUGAAAACAGAAUUUCAGUUCCUGCAUCGAUACGGUGCUAUUUUAAUGGGUGCAUUAUAUGAGAGGAAGAUAUGAAAUAAAUACGAGCAUAGAUAUUUAAAGAGCAAAUAUAAACAUUUAUUUUAAGGGGACAUGAACAAAUAUUUAACAAUGUAAUAAAGAACCAUUAAUAUACCAUGGAAUGAAUGUAUUUAUUGUACAUAGUAUGUAGAAUUUCGAACAGUCAGUUUAGAUUAUGCAAUUACAUUAAUGGUAAUGAUGCCUAAUUGAACUAUGAACUUCAUCACAUGUGCUUAGACAGUUACUAAAAAUCAGAUCUGAGGCUUGAAUUGCAUCUGUAAAAAUUCAUAAAAUGUAAACUGUGUGUUUAACUACUUUAAUUGGAUGCCCACAGUGUUUUCCAGGAAUGAAUUCAGAUGACUGUUGUAAAUGAUUUAAGUUUGUUUCAUGGAUAUAUGAUGUCUUUUAAAGCUACUCAAAGUUGCUGUUUUAUGAAUCUGGGUGUCCUUUAUUUUGUGUAAUAUCCUUGACAAUGUAACUUUUAUAUGUAAAAGUUCCUAUCUUUAAAUCCCCUCUUCCCAUGUAUCAUUCAUUAGUUCCCAACCAGGUGUGUAGCUGGUUUCUAGUUCUGAAAAUACACAUCUAACUAUUUAAAACUGCACUGUUUUAUUAAUGUGCUUCUAUUCUAGUUGUUCUUCUUGGAAGGUGCUUCUGCCCGACAUCUACCCCAGCUGAUUUGACAAGGUUAGAAGGUCGCUGUGUUGGAAAGUCAUAGAAUCAGAGACCCGUAUGGUAAGAAGGUGGCAAUUUGACCCAUCUUGUCCCUACCAGGCAAAAGGAGCUAUUUAAGCUAUUCCCACAUCAAAGAUCUUGCUCUGUGUUCUUGUAGGUAUACAUUUCGUGUUCAUUCAAGUACAUAUAAGAUACAUGCUGUUUCUACCUUUCAUUCAAGUAGUAAUUCCAGACUCCUGCUACCCUCUGCUUGAACACUGUUUGUUUCUCAAUUCCCUUCUAUUGCUACCAGUUAACUUAAUUCAUCAUCCUGUAGCUGCUGACGUCUCUGCCAAGGGAAAUGGGUUCUUCCUAUUCACCAUGUCAAGACCUCUCAAUUUUAUCCACUGUCAGAGAAGAAGGUUUUGGCAUGAUGUUCUAAUAUUAUAAAGCUUGCCUAGUGUUGAUCUUUAUAGCAUGUCACUUAUUGCAUCUGUCUGCAAUUUUUAGAGAGCUGAUGGUGGAGAUUUGACGUGGUAAACAACUGGGAGAUCACUGAAUGAUUUGUCCCUACAAUAGAACAGUCAUUAUUAAUGUACAUACCUUUCCAUUCACACUGCAUGUCUUUCCAUUCACACUGUGCGUAAAAACCAACAGCAGCAUUUUCACCAAAAUAAAAAAAACAGCAGUUUUCAUUCCAUUAAAAAAAAAUGACAUUGCAUUCAGGAAAUACUGAAACUUCUGAACUGCCCCUCCUCCUCAAAAAGGAAUGUUGUACAUCUCUUUGUGUUGUAGAACAGUGUAAUUAAGUACUUGCACUGUAUAUUGAAAAUCUGUGUCAUCGUGAUAUAAUCCUGAAUGGAAGAAUUGUGACAUUUUGAUGGCAUCUCCGCUCCAGGUAACAUGGCACUUUUCAUAAACUACAAAUAUUGCACUCUAAUAUUAAAAUAAAUGAAAAAGGGAAUUGAAGUUUGCAUACUUGGCAUUAAACUACAGGAAGUUAAAAUGGGAUUACAGGCUAUUUCAUGUAUCAAGCCUAUUUAUAGCACAUUAUUGUCACCAAGUACUUUUUCAUUAUUUUCAAAGUGUCUGUUAUAUGUUAAUUCUUGUCCCUUAAAAUAAAAUGUUAUAUUAACAGCAAGUUCUAUAAAAUUUAGUUUCCUCUUUAGGAGAUAAUCAAAAAUUGACUCCUCUUCUGCUUGCCUAAUUUUAACUACUUUUCCAUCUCUCAUGAUUUAGACAUAGCAAAGCAUCUCACAUUUUAUCUAACUAAGUAGACAAUGUGUACUUAAGGUAAUUGCAAACUUCAGCAAUGAGCAGUUUUUUUCUAUUGUUUUGAGAGGUAAGUACUACAGU